AUGGCUGAAGUUGAUGCAAAGUCACGGCGGGUAGCCUACAUCGUCUCAGACGACCUAGUCAAGUAUGCAGACCUGCUACCGUCCAACAAGGGCCGCUCGUCGCUGGUCCAUUCGCUCGCCUACCAUUUGGACCUUCUCGAUCUCUCUGGGCUGGAGGACGCCGACGACAAGGGUGUCGGUCCUUCAUCAGCGGGUCGGCUUCAGAAAGCAUUCGCAGCGCAUCCGCCCACUCAGUCAUCUGACGAUGCUCACAGACAACGGGCAACGGUCCACCUGCCUCGCGCAGCGACACAUCAGCAGCUGACGAGCUACCAUGAAGAAUCGUUCGUCAAGCAGCUCGCAAAGGGCGCCGGCGAUCUCGAACAUCACUCCGAUGCCAAGCGACGUAGACUCAACUCUCCCUCCUCUUUGGAUGAAGAACCAGCUUCUUCCGACCGAUCUUCCCACGAUCCCGACACCUCAUCGGAACUCCAACUUCGCCCCUCCUCCUCUGUCACCGGCACCAAUCGUGAGCGUGGCUACAAGCGUCCUCGCCCCUCCAAAAACCAAUUCGGCCUUCAGGACGACUGUCCAGCCUUCUCUGGUCUGCCGCAGCACGUUGCGCUCGUGGCAGGAGCCGCCAUCACCGCCGCGGACCUUCUCGCUACCGGUCAAACCGACAUUGCCAUUGCGUGGGAUGGAGGGCGACAUCAUGCCAAGAAAGACUCUGCCUCCGGAUUCUGCUACGUCAACGAUGUCGUCCUCGCGAUCCUCUCUCUUCGGAAGCCCCGAAGAGUGACCACGGAGGACGGGCGCAAAACGACCAAGCGCGCCGAGCGGGUGCUCUAUCUCGACCUCGACCUGCACUGGGGCGACGGCGUCGAGGAAGCUUUCCAUUCCAGCCCAAACGUUCUCACGCUCAGCAUCCACCAUUAUGCACCUGGCUUCUUUCCCUGCUAUGCGCCUUCGGCGGAUCCGAAUCGAUACACGCCACCUGGCUCGCUCAAGAGCGACACGGGCGCCGGGAGCAAAACGCUCAAUAUCCCGCUCGGCAUUGGGACGUCGGAUGCGAGCUUGGAGAGGGUGCUGACGAGCAAUGUCGAGCCGCUGGUGGAGGCAUGGCAGCCAAAGAUGGUCGUGGUGCAGUGUGGAGUGGAUGGGCUGGCGGGGGAUCCGAUGGCCGUGUGGAACCUCUCGGCUGCCGCGUACGUGAGGGCGAUUCAGAGGGUGCUGGGCUGGAACAAGCCGACGCUGCUAUUGGGCGGCGGAGGAUACUGCAGUGAGAACGCGGCAAGAUGUUGGACUUUGAUCACUGCUGCGUGUCUUGGCAGAUUCGAGGAAAGGGAUCAUUCCAAGAGAAAAGCGGAUGUUGCAGCGACGCAGGAUGAGCCUCGAGCUCUCACGGAAUCAGAUCCGAGCCAAAAAGAGGAGAGCAGCGAGGAUUCUACGUCGUCUUCGCUCGAAACAAUUUCCUAUGAUACGGCGAUUCCAGACCACAAGUUCUGGCCCAACUACGCUCCGACCUACACUCUCGACGCACCAGCAGGCGAGAUGAUCGAUCAGAACGACGAAGCCCACUUUGAGGCUAUCAACAAGGUCUUUCUGGAGCACAUCAAGAAGGCCUCUUCGCAUUAG